UAAACUUUAUAACAAGCUGUGACCGGACUGAACGACAAUCAUUGUACAUUACACAUAUUAUAAAAUAAUAUAAAUACUCAAUAUAUUACGUUUGUAGCAAAGCGAGUUAUAUUGUUGCGGAUUGUAUCAAAGGUGCUAAUUGUUAGCUAAUAUUUACAGAAGAAAAUCCAAGGAAUAGUUGCAGUUAUGAAGACUUUGACUUUCAUACCAGUGGUCUUUGUGAUUUUAACACUUUAUCUUACAUCUGUUGAAUUACAUUCAAUGAGAGGUAGACUCAAAUCACGGUCCUUGAGUGGUGAGCCGAAAUCACAGUCUUCGGGAAAAGAACCGAAAUCGCACUCUUCGGGAAAAGAACCGAAAUCGAACUCUUCGGGAAAAGAACCGAAAUCGAACUCUUCGGGAAAAGAACCGAACUCGCACUCUUCGGGAAAAGAACCGAAAUCGAACUCUUCGGGAAACGAACCGAACUCUCACUCUUCCGGAAAAGAACCGAAAUCGCACUCUUCGGGAAACGAACCGAACUCUCACACUUCCGGAAAAGAACCGAACUCUCACUCUUCCGGAAAAGAACCGAAAUCGCACUCUUCGGGAAAAGAACCGAAAGGGAAAAUAUGCCUUGACUCCUGUCAGUGUCCAAAUGGGACCGCCUGUCUACCGGCUGGUAAUGGAGAAGGAAGUGGAAAUAGCACGAAGAAAUGUCAGCCCUGCGGAUGUAGAAGUGUGACGCAAUGUAGAAAAUCUUGGAAAGAAGUUUUCUGUGAUUGCUCGAACUCUGGGUAUACAGGAAGCAACUGUGAGACAGAAAUUGAACCAACAACAACAACAACAACAACAACAACAACAUCAACAACACCACAACCACCCACAUGUCUAGAGGGGUGGUUAGGGUUUGGUAGUCACUGUUAUAAGUAUUUCAGUACCCAUGUAGACUGGGACACUGCUAAAGCGAACUGCGAAUCUCUAAACGCUUACCUUGUUGAAAUCACGAGCGAAGAUGAAGAGGAUUUUAUCGAUGUUGAGCUAUAUUCUUCACCGGUUUGGAUUGCCUUAUCAGACGUGGACACCGAGGGCACUUUCGUGUGGGCAUAUUCUGGAGCAAUUAAUAGUAACAAUUUCCAAAACGGGUACACUGAAUAUAACAAUGCUGCCUAUGACUGCGUUAACUUGGAGCUAUUCGGAACAUUUACUUGGUUAACAAGUGACUGUGCUAGAAAGAUAGGUUAUAUCUGUGAAAGACCUUUAUAAACUUAGACAGAACGGAAAAACAGACCGAAGAAUGAUGUACAAGUACUUUCUGUAAUUCUAGUUAUGAUUUUACAAUGAAUACAGAAUGUUGCAUUUAAACAUAUCAAUAAUAAAUUGUUGCAUCGA